AUGUCGCCAGACAGGAUCUGCUAUCUGAGCGAAGAAGCUCAGCAACGUUUCGCUCGUGAGUUGGACGGGAACAAGAAAUUCGCAUUCGCCUUCGCAAAACGAUUCGCAGCUCAAGCAAGGCUAAAAAUGGAGACGUUACUGCUUUUCGUCGUUAUUUCCACGAUCGCUCUUUCUGCGGGAUUCGCCUAUGAUGAUGAACGUAACACAGAUCUGGCCAAGGAACGAUUCGCUCGUGAUCUUGCGAAGCAGAAGUUCGCCUUUGCAUUUGCAAAACGCAAUCCAGAUCUGAGCGAAGAAGCUCAGCAACGUUUCGCUCGUGAGUUGGACGGGAACAAGAAAUUCGCAUUCGCCUUCGCAAAACGAUUCGCAGAUCGAGACGAUCAGCUGGUUCGAUUCGCCAGGCCGAGUUUUGCGUGA